AUGCGUGUUUUUUGUGUUGACAUCCGGGUUCUUUUUCACCCCUUUCUCGGCGCGUGGUGGAGGGUGGGCUUGUUUACGGAGAGGAAAAAAAGGGGCGGGGGGCCAUGUCUCACGGGCACAGCCACGGCGGGGGCAGCUGUUGCCAUGGCGACGACCCCGAAGAGCCUCCCGAGCGCCGCGGCCAGGCUUGGGGCCUUUACUUGCGCAUCGACCGCGAGCGCCUGGAGUGCCUCAACGAGCGGAGGGAGGGCAGCGGGGCUCUGGUCUUCCGCGCCUGGGAGGACCGCGGCGACCGCCAGAAGUUUGUAGAAAGUGAUGAUGACGAAGAGCUGCUGUUUAAUAUCCCGUUUACUGGCAAUGUGAAAUUAAAAGGAGUAAUUGUUAUGGGAGAGGAUGAUGAGACACACCCAUCAGAAAUGAGGCUGUUUAAGAACGUUCCUCACAUGUCUUUUGAUGAUGCAGCCAGAGAACCCGAUCAGAUGUUCAGCCUAAAUCGUGACAUUACAGGAGAAUUGGAGUAUCCUACCAAGAUUGCACGCUUCUCAAACGUUCAUCAUCUCUCCAUCCACUUCUCCAAAAACUUUGGUGCUGAGACAACAAAGAUCUUUUAUAUAGGCUUGCGGGGAGAAUGGACAGAGCCUCAUCGGCACGAAGUGACCAUCUGCAACUACGAAGCAGCAGCAAACCCAGCUGACCACAAAAUCGAUCAGGUCACGCCACAGACACACUUCAUUUCCUAAACGCCGAGGCUUGUGCCACCAGCAGACGGUUGGGCAGACUUGGAAGGAUGUGGGAUACUUGAGGCUAUGACCAUCCUUGCUUUGUUCCUUUUGUGGGCACGGCCGUGUUCUGGGAAAGCAGAGCGCUAAGUGCUUGGCAAAGAGGUACAAAACCAUUGCUAACGACAAUCGUGGGUUGGGACCUUACAAGUAUUGAAGACACAGGUCUUGAAAAUGUUGACCAUCACAUGUCUUCACGGUUAAAUACCUGUUUGGGUCAUACACUUUCCGAGCUGCCUGGUUGCUAUUUUUGCUGCAGGCGUGAAUCUUUUGGGCAAUUUAAUAUGGGAGCUUUGGACAGCCUGGGAAUCUGCAGUUGGCUUUUGAAUGUAGUUUAGAAUAAGGAAAGAUGCUGAUGUAUUAGGCGGACUGUUAACUAAUUUUGAAGCUAUUAUUGUGACUUACACAUGGUAGUAUGACUGUGUGCCAAAGUACUGCAUGCCUUUCCUUAAAAAUCACUGUAGGUCGCUUUUGGACAGCUUCAACUAUGUGUCUAAAACAAGAACUAAAGACCUUGGCAGUUUGUCUCUCGAAGGCACAGCUUCCUAAUUGAAGUGACUUAACUUUUUUUCUAAUAAAUAUGAGAAGGAAUA